AUGAUGAUAAAUACGGCCAUCCCAACGACACACUCCAGGACCUCUGGCGAAGUAGUUACUGACUUGAUAGGCCCCCGGGCCAAUCAUUCCACCGACCUGGAAGAUGGCCGUGACCCCGACCCGGACACUGUUUCAUCAAUAUCGGCCAUGAUGAUAUGCUUCGGAAUGCUCUGCGACAUUGUUGUGGAAAUCGUUGUCUCGAUAGAGUCUUUGCCAGGAGAACAAGAGCUAUCCUGGGAUGGGGGUGUCUACCUGCAGCAUCCAACUGAAAGAUAUUACAUAGGUAAACUUUCUUCAACUAUGGUUCGGAUCCUGCAAGCAUUAGCUUCAGAAGCCACUCCGGAGUUUCAAUUCCUUCUCUCGUCUCGACAACUACCAGCUCGAAGCCAAAACGCUCGGCCAAACACAUCAUCAAGCAUCAGAGCUGUUGCGACAGAUCGUUCGUUAUCAAUCAUCGUCUAUGGCCCACGAGAGAUGGCAACCUCCGUGGAAGAUUGGUUAGGCAGUAUCAAGAUGUAUCUUCAAGUUCCAAGAGGGUGUAAUCGAGAUGUCCCCUAUAGAAAUCCACAAUGUCUCGCCUCGAAUCAGGAUUUCACGAUUUACACCUCCCAGCUAUCAUCUGACUUUUCUCAACACCAGACUGAGAACCAAGACCGGUACACCGAUCCUUUUUUGGACCUCUACAACGAUUCGGUACUCGAAGAAGCAUGCCAACCUUACACCGUCGCGUCGAAACUUCAUUCUCACCAGAGACAAGCGCUAACUUUCUUGAUCCAGCGAGAAAAGGGCUGGGAUUAUACUGGCACCAAAAGUGACUUUUGGAAGUCGCACAUCGACUCGUUCGUCUUUUUCCGUUUUCUUGGGGUAUAUCCUUACAAUGAAUGGAAAACCUUUGACGAACAAAUUUUACGUCCAUGGAAGACGAAAAUGGACGAGAGCGCCUUAAAAAGACUUCAAUCUAUCAUGAAGGCAAUAACUAUCCGUCGCCCGAGAAGUGUCAUUACCCUGCCUGAUCGAAGAGAACAUACGGAAAUGAUACACUUUACGACUGAGGAGAGGACUAUCUAUGAAAAAGCCCGAAGCGGUGUCAUUGAAGUCCUCAAUAAUGCAAUGUCCAUCGACCAGUCGGGCUCUGUUUACUUGAAUGCUUUCCAACGAAUCAAUGAUUUGAGAUACAUGUGCAACCAUGGUAUCAGUCCGCGACGCCACAAAGAUAACGCAGGCGCCGUGAACAUGCUUGGUCCUGCAAUUACCGACGUCCUUGAUGGUGGUCUAGCUGCAUGGGACACGGGCACAGAAGUGCUCUGUGUAAAUUGUGGUGCGGACCUUGUAGAAGAAGAAGCCAAUGAUCAGAAUCUUAUGGCCUCGGGUUAUGUACCCAGCUCUCUUCCUUCUUCGGUGUGCAGAAACUGUCUGCAGCAUGGCAGACAGCAAGCUCCUUUAACACCAUCACCAUCCUGUCUUUCCUCGGGUUAUUCGACACCCAGGAGCCCAACUAUAUUGCAACAGCCAUCGAGCAAAAUAAAGGCGCUUCUGGCUCAGAUUCACCAGCUUCCUUCUCAUGACAAAUGCGUUGUUUUCUCCUAUUGGACCUCGAGCCUCGAUGCAGUACAGGAAGUCCUAGUACGAAGCGGCAUUGGAUUCACUCGCUAUGAUGGCAAGCUGGGCCGAUCGAAGCGGAGUCAACUGUUGAAGGAUUUUGCCGAAGAUACCUCCUUACGUGUAUUUUUGGUAUCUAUCUCGUGUGGUGGACAGGGUCUGGACCUCACUUCGGCAAAUCAUGCUUUUCUAUUGGAACCGCAAUGGAACCCGAUGUUAGAAGAGCAGGCUAUGGCCAGAGUACACAGACUUGGCCAGAAGAAAGCGGUGCACCUAGUUCGUUUUGUGGUGGAAAAUACAUGUCUCCGUUGA